AUGAGAUGUGACAAGGCGACGCCCACCGUAAAGUUUUUUAAGAAGCGGCUGUGCUCUUGGCUUUUGUAUAACUCGUAUACAAACGUGUUCAACAUCAAUAAGAACGACAAUGUGUUCAGGACCAGGAACGUGAGGUUGUACCAUGUCGUCUUGGCCAACGUUUCGGACACCACUGGCACGUUGUCGUGGUUGCUGUCGUUUAUCGGCGCGUGUGUGGCGCUGUCGUAUAAGUUUUUGUUGAUCGCUAAGGAAAUGGGUAGGCUCGGCGACGCAGGCGCAAUUGUACUUGAAUCGGUGAUUUUGGAUCCGGCCACUACGUCUUUUUUGAGGGCGAUCGACGAGAUUGAAUUGUGGCCCGCGAUUUUGGCAGGAGGAGACACAGUGUGGGACAUCACGGCCGUCGUGGUCAUGAAGAUGGCUAUGGCGGCCAGCAAGCAACUCGAAGAUGUGUGUGAAUUCAUGUUGUCGAUAUUAUUAUAA